AUGUCCAACAGCAGCUCCAUCACCCAGUUCCUCCUCCUGCCGUUCGCAGACACACGGGAGCUGCAGCUCUUGCACUUCUGGCUCUUCCUGGGCAUCUACCUGGCUGCCCUCCUGGGCAACGGCCUCAUCAUCACCACCAUAGCCUGGGACCAGCACCUCCACACCCCCAUGUACUUCUUCCUGCUCAACCUCGCCCUCCUCGACCUGGGCUCCAUCUCCACCAUUGUCCUCAAGUCCAUGGCAAAUUCCCUCUGGGACACCAGAGCCAUUUCCUAUUCAGGUUGUGCUGCGCAGGUAUUUCUGUCUUUGUUUCUCAUUUCAGCAGAGUUUUACCUUCUCACCAUCAUGUCGUACGACCGCUACGUUGCCAUCUGCAAACCCCUGCACCACGGGACCCUCCUGGGCAGCAGAGCUUGUGUCCACAUGGCAGCAGCUGCCUGGGCCACUGGGUUUCUCAAUUCUCUGCUGCAAACAGCCAAUACAUUUUCACUGCCCCUGUGCAAGGGCAAUGCCCUGGGCCAGUUCUUCUGUGAAAUCCCCCAGAUCCUCAAGCUCUCCUGCUCACACUCCUACCUCAGGGAACUUGGGCUUCUUCUGGUCAGUGCCUGUGUAGCUUUUAUGUGUUUUGUGUUCAUUGUGGUGUCCUAUGUGCAGAUCUUCAGGGCUGUGCUGAGGAUCCCCUCUGAGCAGGGACGGCACAAAGCCUUUUCCACCUGCCUCCCUCACCUGGCCGUGGUCUCCCUGUUCCUCAGCACUGCCGUGUUUGCCUACUUGAAGCCCCCUUCCAUCUCCUCCCCAUCCCUGGAUCUGGUGGUGUCUGUUCUGUACUCAGUGGUGCCUCCAGCAGUGAACCCCCUCAUCUACAGCAUGAGGAACCAGCAGCUCAAGGAUGCACUGAAGAAGCUGCUUCAAUCCGUCUUUCAGCAGCAAUAA